CUUAGAACCCAACAAAGGCAUCAGUUGGAUGCAUUUUCUACUGAAGGAGCAAAGGUAUCUCCUACAUCCGAAAACACAGCUCUUCUAAACGUGGAAGCAAUUGAACGGGUUGAAGUGAAGGUUAUGCUUGCUGAGUCUAGUUCUUUCAAAGAAGUGAUGAAGAAGGAAACAUUGCAAGAUGCUUCACUAGGUUAUGCUGAUUCAUCCAAAGAGAUUCCAUCUGAGUCUCCUUCCUUAUGCCAAAUAAUUGAUGGAAUUGAUACCAAAAGUAUCAAUUCUAACUCUAGGGUGGCUAACACCGUUUCAGAGGUUAGAAAAGACCGCAUAUUAGAAGUAGCAGUGUCUGAGCAAUUUAAAGUGUCAGAUGAUUCAUCAAAAGAUCCUAAUGAUUUUGAAGUACUUCCUUCAUCCACACAUUCAAAAUCUUCUGAACAUGUGAAUGCAGUUGCAUCAUCAGAACAAGAAAGCCAUGUACGAAAUUUUGGAAAAGUGAGAUCUGGUCACUAUGAUAAAGUGAUUGACAAACUUCUAAAUGACUCCACUAGUGAUGUUGGUAGUGAGAUGCAGGAAGAACGGAUACUAAAUCUACAAAAUAGGCCCACUACUGCGUAUCUGGAUGCGGCUGACUCCGAGACUAUAAUUAAUUCAUUGUCAACUGAACAUGAAAUGAAAUCCGACAAAGAUAUUGAUUUAAUUGAUUCUGGUGUGGCCUGCAUGGAGACAGUCAAUGUAUGUCUUCAACCUCUUUCUGUAGAGCAUAAGCCUGAGCUGAAACAUUUGGAUUUAAAUAGUGAAUGCAAGCCAGAGUCAAAACCUUUGGAUUCAUGUAGUGAUGCAUUGGUUUCUGCAACAGGCUUGGGACAAACAGAGAAACCUUUGUCAGAAAUUCCAAAGCCUAAGAUUAGUACUGGGAAAAAGAAAAAAAGGGAAAUGCUAUCUAAAGCAGAUGCUGCUGACACAUCUGAUCUUUACACUGCAUACAAGGGCCCAGAGGAAGAACAUACUGCCAAAAAGUCAGAAUCUAUAAAUAAUUCAACAGUUGUAAAAAAUAUCACGCAGAUUGGCAAUCUUAGUAAGGAUGCUGCUUCAAAUGAGGAAGAUAUGCACAACAGAGCUGAGUUGGAUGACUGGGAAAAUGCUGCUGAUAUUUCAACUCCAAAACUAAAAGCAACAGAUGAUCAGCCUCCUAUUAACGAUGCAAGGAAGCAACACAAAAAGGUUGAUGGUUAUGAAGCCACUAGCCGAAACAAAUACUCCAGGGAUUUUCUAAUGACCCUCUCGCAAUAUUUUACUCAUCUUCCUAUAAAUUUUCAGACAGGUUCAGAUAUAACAGAUGCAUUGUUAGUCAAUCUAUCAGGCCAUUCACCUUCUGCAAGUACAGGAAGGGUCAAUGAUCGGCCAUCAGGUGCUUCUCGAGUAGACCGACGGAUAGUUGCCUCUAUGGAUGAUGAAAAGUGGUUGAAACCACAAGUGUCAUUUGGUCGUGACAAUAGGACAGAUUAUGGACAUGGAAAUGCAACUGUCAGUCUUCGUCCUGGGCAAGCUGGCAGUCAUGUGAUUUUGAGGACUCUUCCUCGGCAGACAUCAAAUCAAGGAAUACUUUCAGGUCCAAUGCCAUCUCCGGUAGCUCAGGUAGGCUUGCCACGUGGUAAUCCAGAUGCAGAUCGGUGGCAACGCGCAAGAGGUUUAAUACCCUCUCCUCAUACACCCUUACAAGUAAUGCACAAAGCUGAGAAGAAGUAUGAAGUGGGCAAAGUUUCUGAUGAAGAAGCUGCGAAACAAAGACAACUAAAAGCUAUUCUUAACAAAUUGACACCUCAAAAUUUUGAUAAACUUUUUGACCAGGUCAGAGAGGUUAACAUAGACAAUGCAAUGACCCUUACUGGUGUCAUAUCACAAAUUUUUGACAAGGCUUUGAUGGAACCUACCUUUUGUGAAAUGUAUGCUAAUUUCUGUUUCCGUCUAGCAACUGUGUUACCAGAUUUUAGUGAAGACAAUGAAAAAAUAACUUUUAAAAGGCUGCUCCUGAACAAAUGCCAAGAAGAAUUUGAAAGAGGAGAGAAAGAGCAAGCAGAAGCUAAUAAAGAUGAAGAGGAGGGUGAGACCAAACAGUUCAAAGAGGAAAGGGAAGCAAAAAGGCUCCAGGCCCGAAGGCGAAUGCUGGGCAAUAUACGCUUGAUUGGAGAAUUAUACAAGAAAAAGAUGUUGACAGAGAGAAUUAUGCACGAGUGCAUCAAGAAAUUGUUGGGUCAAUAUCAAAAUCCUGACGAGGAAGAUAUUGAAGCAUUGUGCAAAUUAAUGAGUACAAUUGGUGAGAUGAUAGAUCACCCCAAGGCAAAGGAACAUAUGGAUGCAUACUUUGACAUGAUGGCCAAGCUAUCAACAAGUCAAAAGUUAUCCUCUCGUGUAAGAUUCAUGUUGAGAGAUGCAAUUGAUCUUAGAAAGAACAAAUGGCAACAGAGGAGAAAAGUUGAGGGACCAAAGAAGAUUGAUGAGGUUCACAGAGAUGCAGCUCAAGAAAGGCAAGCUCAGUCUAGCAGAUUGUCUCGUGGUCCUAUCAUCAGUAAUGUCCCAAGACGUGGUCCAGCAGCUGACUAUGGUUCCCGUGGUCCCACUCUAUUAACCCCUCCUGGUAUUCAGCAGCAGGUUUCUGGUAUUCGUGGAUUGCCAUCUCAAGUUCGCGGCUAUGGUAUUCAAGAUGUACGGUUAGAGGAUCGACAUCACCUUGAGGGGCGAACUAUGUCUCUUCCCCUCCAACACAGAUCUGCUGAGGAUGAUUCUAUUACCCUGGGUCCUCAAGGUGGCCUGGGCAGAGAUUCAAAGAUCUCAGACCGUACUUUUGAGAGAUCUUCUACGGCAAUGCUUCCUGCUGGGCGUACCCAUGGCACUUCUAUGAGCAGCCAAUCAACAACUCCUGAAACAAGAAUAUUUUCAGAAGAAGUUUUACGAGAAAAAUCCAUUUCAGCAAUUAGAGAGUUCUACAGUGCCGAGGAUGAGAAAGAGGUUGCAUUGUGCAUCAAGGAAUUGAAUGCUCCUGACUUUUAUCCUUCUAUGAUAUCAUUGUGGGUCACCGACUCCUUUGAGAAGACAAACACAGAAAGGGAUCUCUUAGCAAAGCUGAUUAUCAACUUCUGCAAAUCCAGAGAUAGCUUACUUAGCCAGGCACAACUACUCCAUGGGUUUGAGUUGGUCCUUUCUUCGUUGGAAGAUGCUGUUAAUGACGCACCACGAGCAGCUGAAUUUCUUGGUCGUUUAUUUACCAAAGUUAUUUUACAAAAUGUGGUGACUUUGAAAGAUAUAGGAAAACUGAUACAAGAAGGUGGUGAAGAACCAGGGCAACUGAAAGAAAUUGGGCUAGCAGCUGAGGUACUUGGGAACAUCCUUGAGAGCAUAAGGUCAGAAAGUGGAGAUGCGUUUUUGAACGAGAUCCGAACAAGCUCCAAUCUUCGGCUGAAAGACUUUCGACCACCUCAUCCAUUAAAGGCUAACAAGUUAGAUGAAUUUCUUUAGGUUUGUUCCUCUUAGAGUGAAAGAUGAUACUAUGUACAAGGCAGUUGUUCAUGUAUGUUGUUGGAAUCCUGAGUUAUUAUUAUUAUUAUGAUUAUUAUUAUUUAUGCA